UUCUCUCUCCAACGUACACUCACUCUUCUGCACCGAAACUUCUACAACACGAGUAGAGAUGUCGGCCUCAGCUGUUUCCGUGUAUGUGCUGUGUCUAUUGUCCCUCUCUGCUGCCUGCUACAUCUCGAACUGUCCCAUCGGGGGAAAGAGGUCCCUGCCAGACCCUGUCAGACAGUGCAUGGCAUGUGGCCCCGGGAAUAGGGGACGCUGUUUUGGUCCCAGCAUCUGCUGCGGGGAGGGGCUGGGCUGUGUCCUAGGCUCCCCAGAGGCAGCUCGCUGCGUGGAGGAGAACUAUCUUCCAUCUCCCUGUGAGGCAGGGGGGAGACCCUGCGGGGCUGACAGCGGCCGCUGUGCUGCUCCAGGGAUCUGCUGUGAUGCAGAGGGCUGCACCAUCGACCAGUCCUGUCUGGCAGAGGAUGACGAUGACGCUCAGACUGGCCACUCAGAGAACAGCAGCACCGGCCUGGGUAGAGACAUCCUUGUGAGGCUUCUGCACCUGGCUGGCCACACCCCUCCCCAUCGUGUCCACCAAUGAGCUGCUGCAGAAGAAGGGGUCAGAGGAGGAGCCCAGCUGUGGGGGCUGUCUAGUGGUGUGGGUGAAAACAAACCCCUCACACACACUCAAUAUACAACCUGAGCCCUCUCCUAAAGGAAGACCUCAACACACCCCUGUAUAUUGACUUUUACAGACUGAUAUGAAUAUACAAUGUAUAAAGCUAGUUACUGUAAUGUAGUGUCAAAGAUAUCAGA